GAGUAAGUAGGCUGCUUCUGUCUUUAGUCUUGGGUCGCCUGUUGCCUGUGCUGUGUGUGUGCCGCUCGCGCUCGCUUGUGUGUUCGUUCAGUACGCUCCAGUCGAUCCAUAAAGUUGGAUCACUUUUCUGCCAACGACGGCAACAUAUUUAUAAGUUAACAAGGACAGUGGGAAAUAACUGUGCGGCCAGAGUGCAUAGGGCAUCAUGUUGCCCCACUGGAAGCGGCUGCUGUUCGCCGCUGUAAUUGCUGGAGUAUUGGUUAAUACGAAUGCUCAAUUUUGGAAGAACCCUGGAGCCACGGGCUCAAUUCAAGAGUCGGUCCGGCACCACAGCAGAGAUGAACCCAGAGAUACAUUUGCGAUUGAUGAGAGUUACGAUAUUGUGGAUUCGGCGAGCAUACAGCGCGGCGGUCAACCGCCCAAGAACUGUACAUCCGGUUUUGCGGGCUGUGUGCCCAAGUGUAUUGCCGAGAAGGGUAAUCGCGGCCUGCCCGGUCCCGAAGGUCAGACGGGACCCAAGGGUAUAAAGGGUUAUUCGGGCCCAGAGGGACCCCCCGGUGAUAAGGGUCAAAAGGGUGAUCCGGGUCCGUUUGGACCGCGUGGCUAUAAGGGCGAACAUGGAACGCGCGGCAUACCCGGCUUGCCGGGUGUAAGUGGUAUUCAAGGACCUGCCGGUAAUCCUGGCUUGCCGGGUAUCAAUGGCAAGGAUGGCUGUGACGGCUCCGAAGGUUUGCCCGGCUUGCAGGGUCUUUCUGGCAUGGCUGGUCCACGCGGUUACCCAGGCGGACCAGGUCUCAAGGGCGAGAAAGGUGAGCCGGCCAAGGAGAACGGUGACUAUGCCAAGGGUGAGAAGGGUGAGCCCGGUUUCGCCGGCCGCUCUGGCUACCCCGGACCCGAAGGACAACGUGGUGAUAAAGGCGAACGUGGUGACACGGGUCCUUACGGACCGCCAGGACCUCGCGGUGAUCGCGGUAUCAAGGGUGAGAAGGGUGCUGCUUGCUUUGCCACAGCCAUGCCCGGCGAAAAGGGAGAUAAGGGCGAGAAAGGAGAUCCGGCACCGAAGCUUCCAGUCCACGGCAGCGACACAGUUAUGGGUCAGCGUGGUGAUGUUGGUCAGAAGGGUGAAAUUGGACCUAUUGGCGAAAAGGGUGGCUUGGGACCGGCCGGUGAGCCAGGACACGAUGGACAAAAGGGCGAGAAAGGUUUGCCUGGUGGCGCUGGUGAUAGAGGUCGUCAAGGAAACUUUGGCCCCCCAGGACCUGCUGGACAAAAAGGAGAUCGUGGCGAGACUGGUCUAAAUGGUUUGCCCGGCCAACCCGGUUUGAAGGGUGAGCCUGGUCGCGCAGGUAAUUCAGGUGAACGUGGUCUAGUUGGUCCCCCCGGACCCCCUGGCGGUGGACGCGGCCAGCCGGGCGCACCUGGACCCAAAGGACCCCGCGGAUACACCGGUCAGCCGGGUCCACAGGGCCUGAACGGAAUGGACGGUCCAAUAGGACCUCAAGGCUACAUUGGUCCCAAGGGAGGUCCUGGCUUGCCUGGUCAUCCUGGUAAUGAAGGUCCUGCCGGACAAAAGGGUGACAAGGGUAAUGCCGGACGCUUGGGAUCACAGGGUCCAGUCGGACCAAUCGGUCACAAUGGUCCUCCAGGACCUGAAGGACAAAAAGGUGAAAUCGGUACCCCAGGCUACGGAAUACAAGGUCCUAAGGGUGAUGACGGCAUAAAUGGUUACCCUGGCCAGAAAGGCUCCAAGGGUGAGCGCGGCUACAAGGGAAAUGCUGGUGUUCCCGGAGAUUCCAAGUUAGGCAGACCAGGCACACCGGGUCAGGCAGGUAUUCCUGGACCACAGGGUGAUGCUGGACGCUCAGGCAUUCCUGGCGAUAAGGGAGACAUGGGUCCCAAGGGAGAUGCAGGAGGCAAGUGUUCUUCUUGCCCGCCUGGUCUUAAAGGAGACAAGGGUGAACGUGGUCUGAAUGGAAUUCCUGGCAAUCCUGGCGCUAGAGGACCGCCCGGUGAACGGGGAUUUGUUGGAGAACGUGGUGAUGACGGCAUUAUCGGACAAAUGGGUCCUCCAGGCGACAAAGGAGAGGACGGUUACCCCGGCGCACCUGGUGCCACGGGUAAACCUGGUCAAUCGGCAUUUGUUGACUGGAGCCAGAUUUUGCCAGAGAAGGGUCCAAAGGGAGAGCCUGGAUAUCCUGGAGCUGCCGGUGUAAAAGGCGAGCGUGGUGACAGUGGAAUACCUGGUGCGCCUGGACUUAAAGGUGAAAUGGGAGUUAAGGGUGACAAGGGUUACAUUGGCCAAGCUGGCACAGAUGGUGCGCCUGGUAGCCCUGGUCGCGACGGCAUUGAUGGAUUCCCCGGCCAAAGCAUCAAGGGAGAACCUGGUCGCCCCGGUUUCGAUGGCUACAAAGGUGACAAAGGCACCUCAGGAUACGUAGGACAAAAGGGUGAGCCGGGCACUUGCGCGGCCAGCGAACUGAAGGUUCCAUUGAAGGGUAAUAAGGGCGAGCGCGGUGCCACCGGUAUGCCUGGACCUAACGGACCGAUGGGCCAGAAGGGUGACAUCGGCCUGCACGGAGAAAAGGGCUCAACUGGUCCCCAGGGUCCACCUGGAUUAGUCGGACCUCGUGGCAUAACUGGACCUCGCGGUGAGAAAGGCAACCCCGGUCAGUUUGGUGCGCCGGGUAACGACGGAAAGGAUGGACUUCGAGGACCACCUGGUCGUUAUGGCGAACGUGGACAGAAGGGAGAACAGGGCAUUACUGUUGCUGGACCACCUGGACCUCCAGGUCGCGAUGGUUUAACUGGCGAAAAGGGAGAUCGUGGUCCAGUUGGAGCUUUGGGCAUGGUUGGACCUGACGGCAACCCUGGUUAUCCUGGUGACAAGGGUGAUUCUGGUUUCCCUGGACAGCCUGGUUCCACAGGUUCUGUCGGUGAAAAAGGUGAACCCGGCCCUGUUGGUCCCGAGGGUCGUCCCGGACCACCGGGUACUCCCGGCAUUGAUGGCGUUCAAGGCCGUGAUGGUGCCAAGGGUGAAAUUGGCAGCCCUGGUCUCGUUGGUAUGCCUGGCAACAAGGGUGAGCGUGGUGCACCCGGUAAUGAUGGUCCCAAGGGCUUCACUGGUCCGGUUGGUGCUCCAGGCAAACGCGGUCCACUCGGAGCUGCUGGAAUUCCUGGAAUGAAGGGUGACAAGGGAGCCCGUGGAUUAACAGGAAACGAUGGCCUUACCGGGGCCAGGGGUCCCACUGGACCACCCGGCAUGAUGGGUGUUAAAGGUGAUAUUGGACCACGGGGUCUACCAGGACAAGAUGGAUUAGAUGGUCUGACUGGUGAAAAGGGCAACCAAGGUUUGGCUGGUUUCGAUGGACCUCAGGGCGAGCCUGGAGAUGCUUCCGAAAAGGGACAGAAGGGUGAACCCGGUGUCUCAGGACUACGUGGUCAAGAUGGUCUACCCGGAGCUCCAGGUCAACCCGGCGAGAAAGGUUUGCCUGGCAUUGCCGUACACGGUCGUCCAGGCCCACAAGGUGAAAAGGGUGACACUGGACGUGACGGAAUAUAUGGACAAGAUGGUAUGCCUGGUGAGAAAGGUGAGCCUGGCUUCCCCGGUGCUCCAGGACCAAAGGGCGACAAAGGCAAUUCCGGACAGCCUGGCAACCCAGGCACUCCUGGUCUUGAUGGUCUGCCUGGACCACAAGGAAAUCCGGGACCGAUCGGUUAUCCUGGCCCCAAGGGCCUCAAGGGAGACCGUGGCCCAGCUGGCGCAAAUGGCUUGAAGGGUGCAAUGGGUCUUGCCGGCAGGCAAGGAUAUCAAGGAGCACCUGGUUUGAAGGGAGACAAGGGCGAAAAGGGUCUCAGGGGCCCUGCUGCUCAAAUUGACAUGCUUGCAUUGAGGGGAGAAAAGGGUCUGCCUGGUAACCAUGGCUUACCUGGAUUGCAAGGACUUAAAGGCAACAAGGGCGACCAAGGUCCAAUUGGCUACCCCGGCGAGAAAGGAGAUCGUGGACUGAAUGGACCAGCUGGUAUUCCUGGCCUGCCUGGAACUCCUGGACCCAAGGGAGAUAUGGGCUUGCAUGGUGAGCCCGGUUAUCCUGGCCCUGUCGUUAAGGGAGAAAAGGGUCUACCAGGACGUGCUGGCAAAAACGGACGUGAAGGUGCUCCUGGAUUACCUGGCAUUAAGGGUGAACGAGGCUUGGCUGGUUUGCCAGGAAACGCUGGUCUAGUUGGCUUGCCCGGGCCGAUUGGUCCCAUGGGUCCCAAGGGAGAGCGUGGCUUGACUGGUGCACCUGGUAUCGAUGGCAGCGCGGGUUUGAAUGGUGCAGCAGGAAUUAAAGGUGACACUGGUUAUCCUGGAUCCAAGGGUGAUCGCGGUGUGCCUGGCUUCGAGGGACAGAAGGGUGACAAGGGAGAUCAAGGCAUUGCCGGUCCACCUGGCUUGAGCGGCCUGCCGGGUCUUAAGGGAGAUAUCGGCGCUCCUGGUAUGGAUGGUCAUCCUGGUCCAGUUGGUGCACCUGGCGAGAAAGGUUUCACCGGACCCAAGGGCCGUGAUGGUCGUGACGGUCUGCCCGGUCUACGUGGUCAAAAGGGUGAGCCAGGCUUGGUGCCACCACCUGGCCCCAAGGGCGAACCCGGACAUCCUGGUCGCGAUGGACAAAAGGGUGAGCCUGGACCACAGGGUGAACGCGGUCUGAUUGGCAUCCAAGGCGAGCGCGGUGAGAAGGGCGAACGCGGCUUAAUCGGUCUAACUGGCCCGCCCGGCCGUCCUGGCCUCAAGGGUGAGCGCGGCGAACAGGGUCUGAUUGGCCUGGAGGGUGCUGUCGGCCCCAUUGGAUUCAAGGGCGAGCCCGGUCUGCCCUGCAGCGGUGCCCAGGACUACCUAACUGGUAUUCUGCUAACGCGUCACAGCCAAAACGAUCAGGUGCCACAGUGCGCACCCGGCCAUGUCGAGCUCUGGACCGGCUACUCGCUGCUCUAUGUCGAUGGCAAUGACUAUGCACACAAUCAGGAUCUCGGCUCGCCCGGCUCCUGUGUGCCGCGCUUCUCAACACUGCCAGUGAUGUCCUGCGGACAGAACAACGUAUGCAACUAUGCCUCGCGCAACGACAAGAGCUUCUGGCUAUCCACAUCGGCCCCAAUACCGAUGAUGCCGGUCAACAAUAACGAAAUCAGCAAAUACAUAUCCCGCUGCGUCGUCUGCGAGGCGCCGGCCAAUGUGAUCGCCGUGCACAGCCAGUCGCUGGCGAUACCCAACUGCCCCAACGGCUGGGAGGGCCUAUGGAUCGGCUACAGUUUCCUCAUGCACACGGCCGUUGGCAAUGGAGGCGGUGGUCAGGCGCUGCAAUCGCCUGGCUCCUGCUUGGAGGACUUCCGGGCCACACCGUUCAUUGAGUGCAACGGCGCUAAGGGACACUGCCACUUCUACGAGACGAUGACUAGCUUCUGGAUGGUCACGCUGGAGGAUGGCGAUCAGUUCCAGCGGCCCGAACAGCAGACCAUCAAGGCGGGCAACCUGCUCUCCCGCGUAUCCAGGUGUCAAGUCUGUGUGAAGAACUCGUCAUAAGCGGACCACACGCAAUAAUUUUAAUCUAAAUGUAAUGCCUUAACUAUACCAACGAACAAACACACACUCACACACACAGACACACAGACACACACACAGACACACUAGAACCAACACUGCUACCAAAUUCCUUAAACUAACCAAAAAGAAAAAAUACAAAGAGAGGAGAAGUACCAAUGAAUUAUGGACGUUGGACCGCUCGGAACUCGUUGCCAUUUUUUUUGUAUCUGCCAUUUUUUUACACGUUUUGCCAAAAUGUUCUAAACCAAUGUAAACUGCUUCUUAGUUACGAGUAAGUUAAGUAAAUCAACAACAAAUAAACUAGCCUGGUAAUAUGUAAACAAAAA